AUGGCCAAGAUUCAGCCCGGAUUGGACCGCAUCAGCCAGCUCUUAAAAAAUAUUCACUUCCCAUGGAAGGCGAUACACGUUGCUGGCACCAAUGGCAAGGGGUCCAUAUGCCAUUAUACAUCGUCUCUUCUUACCAAGAAAAUGGUAAGAUGCGGUAAAUUCACCUCGCCGCAUCUGGUAGAUAGAUGGGAUUGCAUCUCCAUCCAUGAUAAGCCUGUCGAUGAAAGUCUUUUUAGGAAGAUUGAACAGCAUUACACGGGACUGAACGACAAGGAAAACAUCAACGCCUCACCAUUUGAGAUCCUCACCGCCACUGCUUUCCAUAUCUUUAAUGAAGAACGUGUUGACAUCGGCAUAGUCGAAGUGGGCAUGGGCGGGAAGCUCGACGCCACCAACAUCCUUCAGAACCAAAUCAUUUCCGUCAUAUCGAAGAUUGCACGAGACCAUGAAGCCUUCCUCGGCACUACACUGCAGGAAAUCGCUCUGCAUAAGGCUGGUAUCCUCAGGCCAAGCAUACCUUACAUAGUCAAUCCUUCAAAUGAAUGGGCUGUCCAUGAUGUGAUCGAUCAAUAUGCCAAAGAGAUCGAGGCCGGUCCACGCCUCACUGGCGAUUCUCCGGAGACGCAGCUGUUGCGUGCCACACCAGGUUGGAUCCAAUUCGCCCGGCAUAAACAGCCAUUUCAGCGGGACAAUGUAAUCAUGGCCAUAGUGGCAGCCAGAGAAGCAACCAAAAGCUUACAGUUACAUUUCUUCCCCAGUCAGAUCGCUUCGUGUUUGAAGGCAAUAAGAAAAGUCCCAAUUCCCGGGCGUUGCGAAGGUGUCUAUGCACAACCCGUCUUCGGCGAGCACAUGAAACUAGGACGAAGGAUUCUUCUAGACGGAGCUCACAAUGCGAAUGCAGCUAGAGCGCUCAAUGAGCAUGUACAUGCACAUGAGAGGAUGAGGACCAUCGAUGAUCGGCGUCCUCCAAUAGGUGGUUGGCCAGUCACAUGGGUUCUUGCCAUGACAGAAGGCAAAGACGCACGGUCAUAUCUAACGCAAUUACUUAAGCCAGGCGACAAUGUAGUGACUACGUCUUUUAGCCCAGUCGAUGGCAUGCCCUGGGUCAAACCCAUGGAUCCAAGAGAAUUGCUGGACAUCGCAUUGUCUGUGCAACCUGGAAUCUCUGGUGUACACAUACCCGAAGGCGGACCAAUGCGAGCGCUCUGUGCAGCCAAACACCUGGUUGAGGGUGCACAGCCCAUUGUAUUGACCGGAAGUUUGUACUUGGUCGGCGACUUCCAUCGCGAAAUACGAUCUAGGACUGGAAGGGAAUAUUGGACAGACAAUAGGCACGAGGCGGACCGAGCCAUGUUCCAAGAAAUGCUGGAAAAAGAGCGUAUUAGAGUUAAUCUCUCGCUCUCGCGAGAUUGUACAUCUCUUGAUGAGGUCACCUCUUUGAAAACGUUGUCCGACCAGAAAAAGAAGCGGGACGAGGAACGUGAGAAGCGCGAACUCAUGAAGGAGCAGAUCCAAACGCUCGAUGAGGAGCUGAAGCGUCUUGAAGAGGCUGAGCAGUCCAUCUCCCCGUUGUCGUCUGUUGCAUCCGCUGCCACACAGUCCGCGUCGAAAUCAGAUGGAAAAGACAAGUCCGAAGCGACUUUGGCAACGCCGUUGCAGCGACAGUAUGCCAAAUCUUUGAAUGACAUACGAGCCAAGUUGCAUGCACUCGAGACUGCUGCCGGAAUUCCUCCCAUAGUCACCGACGAUGCUGAAGAAGAGGGGGCGAGGGAGGAGACACCGAAUGUGUCAAAGCCGGUGAAUUCGGAGGGGCAUGAUGUUGAGGAGGCGAAGGAGGUACCUCCAGACUUCUCAGAGCCGGAGAAUUCGGAGGGAUGUGAUGUUGAGAAGUCCGGGAAUGCGUCCACGUAA